AUGGGAAUAACCGACAAGUCCGAUCUUCCGCUGCUGCAGCCGCGCACCAGCACGCUCCUGAAUUCCGACAACGUUUCGUCCACCUCAACGACAUCUUCAACUCUGUUGCAAUCGACUUGGACGAAUAUCCGAGCCGACCGCUUCAAGCUGCGCUCCAUUGGCUCCGUGAUCGGGUGGAUUGCGGUGGGCAGCUUCGUCAGCUCGGUGGCGUUCGCACCCAAGCAACUGACCGACUUCACGAAUGGCGGCGUCUCGAUGCACGCGGUUCAAGGGCAACUCGACUUGAUGGCGGCGUGCACCUCAACCGGCAGUGCCAAUGGCGAGGGCGAUGUGGCGGAGAUUCAGACAAACAAGGGUGCCGGCUGGUUCCUCGGUGGCAACGACCCCGAGCACGUGGUGACGUCCUUGCCGGAAGUCGCGUCGUUUGACGACCUCCCGGAGAACUGGGACUGGCGCGACUACAACGGUACCGGCAUCAGUCUGACGACGAGUGUGUUGAACCAAAUGGUGCCCCGGGCGUGCGGGUCUUGCUGGGCCUUUGCCACCAUUAGUGCACUCUCGGAUCGGAUUCGGAUCGCGAGGUUCAAAAAGACCGGGCGGCUGGACACGGAGGUGUUGCUGUCGCCCCAAGUGCUGCUCGACUGUGGCAUGCGUUCCUUCGGUUCGUGUCACGGUGGCGACCCCCGCUACGCGCACAAGUGGAUCCAUGAGAACGGCAUUGUAGACUUGACUUGCAACCCGUACAUCGCGUCGCACCCGUCCUGGAUGGGAGGUGGCGACUGUGCUGCCACUCAAUGCCACACGUGCAACCUGAAGGGCGAGUGCUUCGUGCUGGAAGACCCCGUCAAGUACCGCAUCUCGGAGUACGGCACUCUGAACUUCACGACGUCGGAAGAGUUCCAACUGCAGGCCAUGAACGAAAUCUACCAUCGCGGUCCCAUUGUCGUGAGCAUGUACUCACUGUCGCCGGAGUACCGCCAAUUCAAGGGUGGCUACAUUCUGCGGGACUCGACCAAAUACCCUGGUACUACUCACGUCGUGAGUCUGGUUGGGUGGGGCACCGACGCCGAGACGGGGGUUAAGUACUGGGUCGUCCGCAACUCGGACGGCACCAACUGGGGCGACCGAGGCUUCUUCCUGGCCGAGCGAGGGGUCAACAUCUACAACAUGGAAGGUCACGGCGCCUGGGCCGUCCCUAUUGUAUAG